AUGCCCGGUCGUGGCAACAGAGGUGGCCCACGCGGCGGGAGCAGGGGCGGCAGUAGGGGCGGCAGAGGAGGACGAGGCGGGAGCAGAGGUGGUCGUGGCAGAGGCGGAACCAUGAAACGGUCAUACGGGCCCAAAUUUGACAGCCAGCGAGUUGCAGAGAUCGAGGAAUCUGAGAGCGAGGUCUCUUCUGAAGAGCAGAGCCAGUCGGAAGCAUUCUCUUCCGAAGGCGAGGACUCCGAGAUGGAGGAUGAACCGCAAGCUUAUACCAAGCCGUACCUUGCACUCAUGCAGAGUCUUGCACAGGAGAAGGAGGCAGCUCCGAGAGCCAAAAGGAGAAAGCUUGACCACCAGCCAGCCGCUGAGACUGAGACACAAGCAGCUGACGGAUCUGAAGACGAAUCUGGGGCCGAAGAUCAGGAUGUGGACUUUGUAGAGGAGCCAGAAGAGGGUCCGGAAACCGAGGUUGUUCUGGAGGACGACAGUGACGACGAGGACCUUACGGAUCCUUUUGAGACACACAUCGUCAACCCUGACCAAGUGGCAGUCGGGCAGCGAUUGAAAGCAGUCAAGAGCAAGGACUACGCAACAACACAGGCAGAAGUGAACGGGUGGAGGCUGACAACGAGUAUUCCUGGUGACAAGUCAAAGCCCUCACAGCCUCAGACCAUGACCGGUCCUUCCAGCCUGAAACUGAAGAAGAAGCUGGUCGACACCUCUGCCAAGAUCCGGCCAAACUUUGACAAACUAGAGCAAGUUCUCUACCCGACGACUUUUGGUUACCAAGAUCUGCUGUUCUGUGGACGAACUCCGCGGAACGCGCAGAGCUUAAGGCGCAUGUACUGCUUGCAUGCAGUCAAUCAUGUAUUCAAAACUCGAGACCGUGUCAUCAAGAACAACGCCAAGCUGGCAAAAGAGGGAGAGGAGACCACCUUUGAGCCCCGAGACCAAGGAUUUACGAGACCAAAGAUUCUGAUGAUAUUGCCAACGCGGCAGUCUGCUGUGCACGUCGUCAACACAAUCUGCUCCUUGACAGAGCCUGACCAGCAAGAACACCGGAAAAGAUUUGACGACUCGUACAUUGACAAAGAGGUCAAGUUCGGUGCCGAGAGACCCGAAGAUUUCCGCGACCUUUUCGAAGGCAACGACGAUGACAUGUUUCGAGUUGGUGUCAAGUUCACGCGCAAAACCAUUAAGUAUUUUGCGCAGUUCUACAACUCUGACAUCCUGUUGGCCAGCCCGCUCGGCCUGCGGAUGGCCAUUGGCUCAGAGGACAAUCACGACAAAAAGAGCAAGCAGAAAGGCGUGGACUCGGACUUUUUGUCCUCGAUCGAGAUGGUGAUCGUGGAUCAGGCCGAUGCUCUGCUCAUGCAGAACUGGGAACACAUCGAGUACAUCUUCUCCUACCUCAACCUGCAACCACGCGAGGCUCACGGUUGCGAGUUCAACCGCGUGAGGGAGUGGUAUCUCAACAAUCAAGCCGCCCAUUACCGCCAGACCUUGAUAUUCAGCGCCUUCAACACGCCCGAGCUGGCGGAGCUCCAGCGCAGCUGCGCGAACUGGGCCGGCCGCGUGCGCGUGCAGCCAGAGUACAACGGCGCCAUCCAGGAGCUCGGCGUGAAGGCGAAGCAGACCUUUUCGCGGUUCGAGGCCCCAAGCAUCGCCGCCGAGCCCGACGCGCGGUUCGAGUACUUUACCAGCGCGGUGGUGCCGACGCUGGUCAAGCGCCAGCGCGACAUGAGCGGCACGCUCAUCUUCGUGCCGAGCUACCUCGACUUUGUGCGCGUGCGCAACUACUUUGCGACCAACGCCGCCGUCGCGAGCCUCACCUUUGGCGUCAUCUCCGAAUACGCCGACGUCCCCGAGGCCUCGCGCGCGCGCUCCCACUUCCUCAACGGCCGGCACAAGGUCCUGCUGUACACGGAGCGCGCGCACCACUUCCGCCGGUACGCCCUCGCGGGUGUGCAGCGCAUCAUCAUGUACGGCCUGCCAGACAACCCCAUCUUCUACCGCGAGAUUGCCGGCGGGUAUCUGGCCAAGAGCGAGCAGGACUCAAAGAUCGAGCCUGGGUCCGGGAGUGUCAGGGUGCUCUUUAGCCGCUAUGAUCUGCUCAAGCUUGAGCGUGUCGUGGGCAGCAAGCGGGUCGGCAAGAUGAUCCGGGAGAAGGGGGAUACUUUUGACUUUGUAUAA